AUGUCGGUGCUGUCACCACCGGAUGUGCGAAAGCUUGUUGAAGCACUCCUCAGCGAUCUGCGACAACUUUCCACGGAAGCAAAAAAGAAGCAUAAUCAUGUAAAGGAGGCAGCAGAGUCGGGCGUUGUUCGAGUCCGAAAUAUCAGCACCGCGUCAGCCGAGGCAACGCUUCUCACCAAUUUGCGAGCGGCUAGCAAUGAAUUGCUUCAUCCGCUCAUUCUCGCCUGUGCUACUCGACAAACUCGACUUGUUCAAAUCGCCUUGCAAAGCAUACAACGACUAGUUCAACAUCGUAUUCUGGAGGCGAGCUGUGCAAACGUAGUAGUCAGCGAAUUAUGGGGUCUAGUCGAAGUGGAGUGUGAAGAGCUUCGGGUUCUGCAGACCGUGCCUCCACUGGUGUCGGCUGAUCUUCUUGUUACUGGAAACACUCUUGCGAAGUGCAUCGUUAUGUGUUUUCGUAUGCACUUCGCUAAGGACCCUGUAGUUAUCAAUGCUGCUUCAGCGGCAGUACGACAGUUAGUGGGAUGUGUGUUCGAGCGUGUUAUACAGGAGGAUGGAGUUUUCAGCACAGAGCUAACUGUAGUACCGUCUUCUGGAGGACGUCCAUCACCGAGAUCUGCACCUCCGACACUACGACCAUGUGCUGCCGACGCCUACUUGUUGUUCAAGGAUCUAUGCUUGCUGAUUAAUGCGAAACCGAGUGUGUGGCUAGUAGGGAUCCAUGAAAUGACAAGGACUCUUGGGCUAGAGCUUAUCGAGAAUAUUUUGAAAAGUUAUCCAGGAGUGUUCUUUCGGCAUCCGGAAUUUUGCGAUCUGUUGAAAUCCGAAGUAUGUCCACUGUCAGAGGUCUUGCAAUCCACAAUAUAA